UUCCAUUAUGACCAAAACAAAACUUCACUUUUCCCUCUCAAUCUGAUCCUCAUUUCGGCCUUCGCUCAGACACACGCAACAUAGCCACUUUACAUCUCUGUUUCUGUUUCCAGAUCCAUAAUGGGAAGAGCACCUUGCUGCGACAAAAAUGGUCUCAAGAAAGGUCCCUGGACUCCUGAAGAAGACGCCAAGCUCAUCACUUACAUUCAAGCUCAUGGCCCUGGCAAUUGGCGCAUCCUCCCCAAGAAUGCUGGUCUUGAAAGAUGUGGCAAGAGUUGCAGACUUCGAUGGACUAAUUACCUGAGGCCCGACAUCAAGAGAGGAAGGUUCUCCUUCGAAGAAGAGGAGAUCAUUAUUCAGCUCCAUAGCAUCAUGGGAAACAAAUGGUCGGCGAUAGCAGCUAGAUUGCCUGGAAGAACCGACAAUGAAAUAAAGAACUACUGGAACACCCACAUACGAAAGAGGCUUCUUCGGAUGGGAAUCGACCCUGUUACUCACGCCCCGCGACUUGAUCUUCUCGACAUAUCCUCCAUUCUCGGGUCCUUGUUGGGGAACACGUCGCUUUUGAAUCUGCAGGGCCUGUUGGGAGCUCAGGCCUUCAUGGACCCGGAACUGUUAAAGAUGGCCACCACUCUGUUUUCGAUGAAGAACAAGAACCCGGAACUGGUUUCGCAGAAUCUACAACAAAUAAUUCAACCUGGGAAUUCUCAAGUUCAGGCACAAACCCAAAUCGAUCCCUCACUAGCACAGUUCGGUAGUCAGUUUCAGAUGCUAAUGGAAACUAACAACGUGGAAGGAUUCUCGGGGGAUUUGACGAACAUGGGAUUUUCAGAUUCCCAUGUUCAAUCCAGUAUGGCCGGUAACUUUGAUCUGUCGCGACAAAAUCAAGUUGGAUUUCUGGAAGAUCCAACUUUCCUGCAAAACCUGGGCUAUGACUCUGUUUUGUCGACGCCGUCAUCGAGUACAACCCCAUUGAAUUCAUCAUCGACGCUUGUGAAUAAUAGCAGCGGGGAAGAGGAGAGAGAUAGCUAUUGCAGCGACUUGUUCAAGUUCGAAAUUCCAGAGAAUUUAGAUCUUAGUGGCUUGCUGUAAAUAUAUUUGUUUGUAAUCUGGUAGUGGGUUGCUCUCUGCAAUUAAUAUUUUGUUUUAUGUUUUUUGAACUAUACAGGAUUUGGUAAUAAUGUUGCUGUUAAUUUCUUUGUCCAGUUGUCGAUAUUUGUUGAUAGCAGGAUUUUUUUGGGUACUUCGUAUGGAUUCAAUCUUCUUUCCUCCUUUUUCUCGGAUUCAUAUACCUGGGACUUAUAUUAAUGAAACAGGGAAGUAUUAUUAGCUUACAA